UUUCCCUAAAUACAAUUUUCUUAUCUUACCCAUUUUAUAUCCUACAGAAAGAUACUUGUUUUAUUCCAUUAUGUAAAACAAAAUAUUCCCUCAAUUUUCUUCUAAACUAUAUAAUAUGAACUGUGUAAUAGUAACCUAUAUGCUUAAAAUCAUCAAGUGAAGGGGGAAUGAAGCAAUGAAACAGGCAGUUGAAAAUUCAUGUUAGAAGAUAGUUUAUGAUACAGUGUUUGAGAAGUUUGAGAAAACACAUAGAGAAGUACAAUAGGAUUGUCAAGAUGUGUAAUUAAUUUAAAGUGAGAUUAGAUGGCAAAGCUGAGGGUCCAUCUCCAGCAGUUGCCAACUGCUUCAGUAUACCUUUACUGAGUAAGGUAAGUUGUCGUUGUUGUUGUUAGGUGCUGUUGAAUCAGCUCCAGCUCAUAGAGACCCUGUAGGACGGAGUAGAACUGCCCCAUAGGACUUCCAAGUAGUGGCUGGUAUAUUCCAACUGACAAACUUUUGGUUAGCCUCCAAGCUCUUAACCACUUGAUUUAUCCUGAGCUGUGCUCUGAAAGAGUAGUGAAAUUAUCUUAAAAUAAAUUUGAGGAGAAUUCUUUGUCUGCAAUUUAAUAGGAGGUUGUGGGACAUACAUAAAGAGAUACAGGAAGGUAAAGGAAAUGCACAAGUGAAUUUACCUCUUCCACAGAUGAAUCAUCAGGAAAAACCACCAGAAGAAAAUCUAACAGAACUGAUGGCAUUCGUUCUCUUGGGCUUUGCUGACAUGCCCCAUCUCCAGUGGUUUCUUUUUGGAUUAUUUUUAAUCAUCUAUAUCAUUAUCCUGAUGAGCAAUGGCACCAUAUUUCUAAUAACAAAAAUGGAUCCCGCUCUCCAGAGCCCUAUGUAUUUUUUCCUGGCAAAUUUUUCCUUCUUGGAAAUCUGCUACGUAUCAGCUACUCUCCCCAGAAUGCUGAUGAAUCUAGGGACCCAGAGAAGAAUAAUUUCUUUAGUUGCCUGUGCUACACAGAUGUGUUUUGUCCUUAUGUUUGGAGGUACAGAGUGUUUGCUCCUGGCAGUGAUGGCUUAUGACCGCUAUGUGGCCAUUUGUAACCCCCUGAACUACCCUCUAGUCAUGAACCACAGGGUCUGCAUCCAGUUGGUGACUGGGUCCUGGACCAUCGGAAUUCCAGUUAUGAUAGGGCGGACUUACCAGAUUUUCUCUUUGCCUUUUUGUGGAUCUAACCAAAUUAACCACUUCUUCUGUGACAUUCCCCCAGUACUCAAGUUGGCUUGUGGGGACACCUUUGUAAACGAGAUGUUGGUCUACAUAGUUUCUGUGUUAUUUAUCAUGGUUCCAUUUCUGUUGAUACUUGGCUCCUACAGUAAAAUCAUCUCCAUCAUCCUGAAGCUGCCAUCAGCCAUAGGCCAAGCCAAAGCCUUCUCUACCUGCUCAUCUCAUCUUAUGGUUGUGGUGUUAUUCUUUGGAUCAGCCAUUAUUACAUACUUAAGACCCAACACUAGAGACUCAGAGGGAACUGACAAAAUGCUUUCUCUUUUCUAUUCUAUCCUAACUCCUAUGUUUAAUCCCAUGAUAUAUAGUCUAAGGAACAAGGAUGUUAUAAUUGCACUGAGAAAAUUGCUAUGCAAAUAAUUAACUU